GAGUUCUUUUGUCUCUAUUCUUCUCGUUCUUUGUGUCGAGGUGCGGAUAUUGUUCAUUUGCCCAAUGAAAUUGCAGCUUGUAAGUGCUGCGUACUGACCCUGCUUGAUAAGCAAUGCGUUGAGUUGAGUAGACCCCCUGUGCUUAUCCGUACAAAAACAAGUAGAGAAUUUGCAUUGAGCAUACACGACACCUUCCCUUUUAUGGCGGAUCUACAUUUUUAUGAUUGACGAUAAAAAUCUUGCAUAAGGUUGAAGUUUUAGAAAACUAGCAAAAUUAUGAUUCGAUAUGCGGGUUCUUGUAAAAUGAAGUAUCAGUACUUCGUGGUUAUUUGUGUAUUUGGGGUGUCAUCUAUAUUCUUCUUUUGCCUGAGUGGUGAUUACAGAGCGCAAUCUUGGAUGAGAAAUAAAACGUCACCUAGAUCGGAAAAUGCAUUUUCCGAUAGGACUAACGACAGGGAAGAACGAGCUGAGAACUCAACUUCAAGUGCGGAUUUUAUCAAAAAGAUAAAGGUGACGGUUUUUAUGGGAAUAAUAACAGCACCUAAACGUGUAGACAGGCGGACAGCUAUCAGAGAAACUUGGUUAACAACACUCGAUCACUACUCGGAGAUAGGGAUGCGUUUUUUUACGGAUGGACUUGGACUUAGUAAGAAUGAAACACUGGCUUUGCAGCUAGAGCAAACGAAGUAUGGCGACUUGGAAUUUCUUCCCUUAAAAGGUGGAGUGCGAUUUACCUAUCGCUUAUUGUGGAUGAUGUUUUUGGCUUUAGAAAAAUAUGAUUUUAAAUUUAUCCUUAAAACUGACGACGAUUAUUUCGUUUGUUUGGAGCAUUUAAACUUCGAUAUCCGCUUCAGGUUGCAAGAAAAGCUCCUAGUCUGGGGAUGGUUUCACUGUGAGGGUGGUUCCCAGUGGACCGACGAAGGCCUCAUCAUAUUCGGCCGAGAUUUUGUCGAUGAACUCGUCAAACUAAACAAAACAUUACAGUGCCACCCGUAUGGAGACCAAGCCAUUGGAUUGUGGAUUAAUGCCAUGGCGAGUUAUGGAUUGGAAGUGACGUUUUUCGCUGACAACACGAGACUGUUGCAUGAGAAUUCGCUCGAUUCUAAACCAUACCUAAAAAACAGUGAUCUCUGCACAAGGCUUCUGGGCAUUCACCAGGCCUAUCCUAAACAAAUGAGAGAGUACUGGAGUUUAGUAAAGACAAAUUGGUUUAACGUCUCCUUCGCCGAGGUUCCUAGGGAACCUUAUCAGUCUUACUGCCCUUAUCCAAGAAGAUUUGAAUGGAGGUACUUUUUGCCACCGUGGCGUCAUGAGCCAAAGCCUUGCUGGGGGAGUGAGGGCAUUUGGUCGGACUUGGAGAAAUUCGUAUAUUUCGCAGGACGACAAGAAAGUGGAAAGUGAAAUAGAAAUCUCGAUCGGAUUUUGUUUAAUACUCUUGAUAGGUUGUGUUCCCUGGCGGAGACUAUUUAUCUGUAUUCUAGUGAGUGAGCUGGCAGACGCUAAAGGGACUAUUUAUGUCUUGCGUGCAAAUCAAUUCAUAUUAUGCUUCUCGUCUAUAGAAGAGGUUUUUUGUUAAAAAAAAAAAGACUUCAUGUAAACAGGGAAUGACAAAUGCUGGCUUGGCAACUGACCGCUGUUUAUGGGGUACUAA